UAACAAUAGAUGCAACAUUCAGCAAGUGGGUAGUGUUAUAAUUAUACAAAAUAUGAUUUUUGUAUGAGUUUAAAUAGUUUAAUUUAUAGAGACUAGUAACCCAAUUAUAACAUAAAGUAUUUUAUGGGAAUUGUUAUAUAUGUGUUUAUUAUAGAAGCUUAAAAUGAUUGAAUUAGUGCUACUAGCAGUAACCAUUUUAGUGGUACUUAUGGUGCAAAAUAAAAGAAAAGAAAAAGCAUAUAAAAACUUUUACAAACUCCCACACCCCUUUUGGAUUCCAAUCAUAGGAAAUGCUUAUUUAAUGGUUCAAAGAAAUUUAUUAAAGGCAGUUCAAAAAACCCAUAAAAUUUAUGGAGAUUCUUACCUAUUUUAUUUUCCUCAUAGAACCUAUUUUUCAACAAUACCUGAGGAGAUAAAAAUUAUUUUAAACCAUCCACAUUGUUUAAAUAAAAGUAAAGAAUACAACCAUUUGCAAAUAAUAAUGCCAAAUACCGUUUUUCUUGUUAAAGCACAAAGGUGGAGAAAGCUAAGAAAAAUUUUAUCGAAAAGUUUUAAACCCUCUAUUUUGGACUUAUUUACAGAUAUAUUUUAUGAAAAAAGUUGUGUACUGGUGGACCUAUUAAAAAAAGACAAUUCCCAGGAUAUUUGUUAUUUGUUUCAAAAGCUUACGUUGGAUAAUUUUAGCGAGGCCACGUUGGGAGUUAAAUCAACAAUUUUACAAGAUGAAAAAGAACAUAUUUUUGUUACGGGUGUUAAGGAAGUACAACGUCUAGCAUUUAACAGAAUAGGAAACGUUAUAAAAAUGAACGAUUUUUUAUUUUCAUUUAUGGAAGAUUGCCAAACUAUUAAAUAUUACAUGAAUGGCCUGUACAAACAUAUAGGCAAGAUUAUGACUGAAAAACGGGUGUUAAUGGCUAACGAAAAUGAUGCAAUGUUAAAUAUAAGUAAACUUCCUUUUUUGGAUUUAUUAUUACAAGUUUCUGAAAAAGAAGAACUGACUAAUGAAUAUAUAGAGGAGGAGAUGGUAUUAUUUGCGGCAGCAGCAACCGAUACUACAGCUUAUAGUAUGGCUUUUACAUGUUUUAUGUUGGCGUUGCAUCCAGACAUUCAGGAAAAAUUGUACCAGGAAGUAAUAUCAGUGUGUGGAUACAAGGAAAUCGGAACUUCUAACCUUAAUGAUCUAAAAUAUUUAGAAAUGGUGAUAAGCGAGACUCAGAGAUUAUUUCCAGUUAUACCUUUGAUUGGUAGAACAAAUACAGUAGAUAUUGACUUAGGCGACAAAAUAAUUCCUGCCAAUACAAAUAUUGCUUUAAACUAUAUGGCACUACAUAGACAUCCAAAAUAUUAUACGGAUCCUUUAGUUUUUAAUCCAAACAGAUUUUUACCGGAAGAAAUUGCAAAAAGGCCACCCUAUACAUUUUUACCAUUUUCUGCAGGCCCAAGAAAUUGUAUAGGAAUGAAAUAUGCUUUGAUGGUCAUGAAAACUUCAAUAGCUAAUAUAGUAAGAAAUUUCCAUUUAACGACUUCCCACAAAUCUUUUGAAGAAAUAGACGUUGAAUCAAGUGCAGUAAUGAUGCCUAUAACUCCAUUAGAUGUUAAGUAUACCGAACGACAAAAGUAAAUUAGAUUUUACAAAAUAAAAAUAGUACAG